AUGCUAGCCCAAGACUUUGUUAAAAAAGAUGACAGAAACUUCACACCAACACAAUCGUCCAGUAAUUUCAGAUCGGCUUCAUACUUUGUUGUUCUGGUUCUGACCAAAAUUCUACGAUGUAUUGGAAUAUUCUUUGUCGACAUUCUAGCCAAAAGUUCGCAUAUUGUGAAUCUUCUCUGGCUGUGUAAAAUAAUAUGUACAUGUAUACUAUUUCCACUUCAAAAACCCUUAUCAUCUGGGAAAUCAUUAAAACGAGGACUGCUACCAAUGAUUCUGAAACUAUCCCUUCUGAAUGGUGUUAUCGAGAUUUUAUGGUUUUACGGAAUCACUUUAUGUGGACCGCUUCGAAGUGUACUUGUUUUUGAGCUCAGCUCUACUGUUUUGCUCUCCGCAAUAGUCUCUUUUUUCAAAGGAGGUUCUGUUUCAACAACUUCGAAAACGCGUGGAUUUUUCCUUCUGAUUGUUGGAUUUGUUUGUCUGUUUCUGAUGGACAGGGAUGGAACUAUUGAAGACCCUCAUCACACCACACACGCGCAUCACAGUGGUUUAAAUCAUCUAUUCUAUCAUCUCAUUGGGUUAUUUGGAAUGGCAGAUCACAAGGGUGGUCUCUGUAUUCUUCUUAUUGCUUUGCUUCUCCGAACUGCCUAUGAAACAACAUUUCGGCAUUUGGCUGUAGAAGUCGGCGGCGCGAAGAAGCUUCAUACUCUUGUAACGGCUGGCAGUGCUGUUUGCUUGACUCCAGUCGCAGUUCUCUCAUGGGCACUUUCUACAAGCUCCCUUGCUUCCAUGGGAUUUUUCGAGUACGCCAUUCUCCUUGUCGUCGUAGCCGUUUUUGUAUUCGUACUUGACUUUUAUGCUGAAAGCAUUUGCUUCCAACAUGUCGCUGAUCCAGUUAUGGCCGCUGCUCGUUGGUCGUCUGUCACAAUGUUCUCAUGCGCAUUUGGGCUUGCAUACUUGUGGUAUGGACAUCAGAAUCUUGGAGACCACGCUCUGACUGGCGGAGUUUCUAUUACUGUCGUUUGCUUUAUUCUAGCUUCAAUCUCAUUGACGCACUCAAACCAGCCUAAACAUCGAGGAGGACAGUUCGUUGGAAUCUCCAACACUGGACUUCCCCUGUUCACCUACGGAGAAGCAUUCCUUCAGAAGACGUCAAAAUCGCUGAUGCGGUUUAUGAAAGACACGCUCCACGAAAUUCUAUCGAAUAGUGAUUCGAGAAAAAUUUUCUGGUUUCUCUGUGUGAAUUUGGGAUUUUGUGGAAUCGAAUUUCUCUACGGUUUCUGGACAAAUAGUUUGGGAUUGAUAUCUGACGGAUUUCACAUGCUCUUCGAUUGUAGUGCACUGGUUAUGGGAUUGGUCGCAAGUGUCAUGGCUCGCUGGCCACCAUCUAAAAAUUUCACAUUUGGUUUUGGACGAGUUGAGAUUCUCUCCGGAUUCAUCAACGCUCUAUUUCUCUGUGUCAUCGCUUUGUUCAUUCUGAUAGAAGCACUGGAGAGACUAUUCGAUCCACCAAAUAUCAACACUGAUAAGCUCCUUUUCGUUGCUAUCUCAGGACUCCUUGUGAAUCUUUUCGGAAUGUAUUCUCUCGGAGAACACGGUCAUUCUCAUGGUGGUUCCAGUCAUGGACACUCUCACGGUGGCGGAUCCCAUGGUCACUCGCACGGAAACGCCAAUAUGCAAGGAGUCUUCCUUCACGUGUUGGCUGAUACACUCGGAUCUGUAUUCGUGAUUAUCUCAACACUUCUCAUCCAAUGGUUCGGAUGGGUGUGGGUGGAUCCAUUGUGUUCUCUGAUCCUCUCUCUUCUCAUCAUUGGUUCCGUUUAUCCUCUUCUGGUAUCUUCAGUGAACACUCUAUUGCAAGAUGUUCCAGAAGAAGAUGAGUUUGAGUAUCAUGUCAAUGAAAUUCUUGAGAUCGAGAAUGUGGAUUCCUACUCGAAUGCUCAUUUGUGGCAGCAUAAUGAUAUGAACGUGGCCAGUGUGCAUGUUCAAGUGAAGGAUGAGGCGAAUGCGCAAAUGGUUCGUCACCGGGUGGCCAAUAUUCUCAAGAACCUUGGUGCCUCACAUUCAACCGUUCAAGUAGAAAAGAAAGCAUUUGCACAUAGGGUACAACAGUUGUGUCCCGGUUAUAAAUCGGGUUAUACGAUAGUUCGGGGAUCUGUGAUAAGAGACAGCAGCAAAAAGCAGCACGGGCAUUCCCACGACCAUCAUGGACACUCGCAUGAUCAUGGUGGACAUCAUCAUUAA